AUGGACGAGGCAACAAAAACAACUCUCAAAGCCAUCCCUCUUUGCCGAACUAAAGCCAGCCCACGUGACGGCGAUUUGUGGAUUCAGAGGUUAAAAGUAGGAAAAUUUUUCUAAAGGUUCAAAUCAAUUUCAAAGUGAUUUGAUUUUAAAGUAGUUUCAGCCUUAACUGAGCUUUAAAGUGAUUUCAUCAUUUUCUGGAUUUGAUAGUGUUUCAGGAGGAAUACGAAUCCAUCAUUCAGUUCGUCCAAAACAACAAAAAUAAUGAUAGUGACUGGUUCAGGUUUUAUUUUCUUUUUAAAUGUUAAAAUGUUUGAUUAUUCUAGAUUAGAAUCGAAUGCCGACGGUACGAAAUGGUUUGGUAAAUGUUGGUACUUUCACAAAAUGAUCAAGUAAUAUUCCCUUUAUUAAAAAUGGUUCGGUUUUGCCAAACAACAGAUACGAAUUCGACGUCGAGUUCGACAUCCCGAUUACAUAUCCAGUAUCUGCGCCAGAAAUAGCACUUCCGGAGCUGGAUGGGAAAACAGCAAAGGUUUUUAAAAAAAAUUUUCACUUUUAUUUUGGUAAGGAAGAAAAAAAUAGUUUAACUCUCAUCGGACGAAAAUCGAUUAUUGCUUUGAACAGAGUGAAUGUACUGUUUUUAAAUUUUUACGUAUAUAACAUUAAAUUUUAAUAAAGUAGACAUCAAGUGUUAGCGUGUUUUUUUUCUUAAUUUUUUUUUUCGUUGCAGAUGUACCGUGGAGGGAAGAUCUGCCUUUCCGAACACUUCAAGCCUUUAUGGGCUAGAAACGCUCCGAAGUUCGGCAUAGCUCAUGCAUUCUCGCUUGGUCUUGGCCCAUGGCUUGCCGUCGAAAUUCCCGAUUUGAUCGAAAAAGGUAUCAUAGAACCAAAAGCUUGA